GAUAGGUUGCAAUAAACAGAGUGUAAAGGGGAAGAGGAACCUCUACUUUGUUUAUCUUUUGUUUGAAAAUGUUUUCAGUCACACACUCAAUCUCAUUCUCUGAACCAUACGCUGAUCUUUGACUUUUAAGGAUGGAAGAAAUAGAUUAUUCUACGGUUGUUUUUGGAGAUGUACGUGCAGCUCCAAAAGAAAGAAAAGAGGACCCAACAAUUUAUUCCGAAGUAAAACCUUCGGGGGCUGCUUCUACUGUACCAACAGAUGGUGAAGCAGCUGCAUGCUCUCACUCUCACUUGCUGGCGGUGUGUUUGGGGAUACUGUGUUUCCUCUUGGUGGCGAGCAUCAGUGCCAUCGUCUACUUCAGUGUGUUGAUGACUGAGCAGAAAUCAAACCUCAGCGUCCUCACAGCAGAAAAUGAGCAGCUGAUAACGGAGAGAAACCUCUUAGAGCGAGAGACGGAGCAGCUGAGCAGAGUCACUGACAACCUGAACUGGACGCUGUCAAUCAUCCUGAGGUUUGACACCUUCCCCGUUCACGACUACUGCCCAGAUAAAGAGUGUCAGCCGUGUCUGAAAGACUGGAUUCAGUUUGAGGAGAAGUGCUACCUGUUUUACAAUGAAGAAGCUCCUUGGAUGACAGCGCCAGAGAGCCAAACGUAUUGCAGAAACAAAGCUGCAGAUCUGGUUGUUAUCGAUAGUCUGCAUGAACAGGAAUUCAUCAGUAAUCACACAAAGUAUUACUACGACGAGUUUCAUGGAUACUGGCUCGGGUUAUAUACAACUAAUAACAAAGACUGGGUUUGGAUUGAUGGACGUAAUGGCACUCUAGGGUACUGGAUAGGGGAGAGCUUUGGGGAUCCAGGCCGGUGUGCACUGAUGAUCCCUGGGAGGAAUGUGACAGCCAGCUGGGAUCCAGCAGACUGUGGGAUGCAAAACAAAUUCAUCUGUGAGAGCGACGUUCUAGUUAAGGUCUAACUAGUUAAUGCUUUGAUGUGAGCAAGUAGCUUUUCAUGUUGUGGGCAGAACUGCAUUUCCCUAACUGUAGCAUUACCAAUUUGGAAAAAUAAUGAUUUAGUAUGUAAGUGUUCAUCCUUUUGAAACCUGUACCACUGUUUCAAAAAGUUUUAAAACUUAUUUUAUUAGCUUUUACAUUUGGAAAGAAUAAGAAAAUUCACACCAUUUUAAAAUAAUAACUUUUUAAUCAGAAUCAGUUUUAUUACCAAGUAGGUUUACACAUACGAGGAAUUUGCUUUGGUAUAAGUGGUGCAUACAGAGACACAGAAAGAAGAAUACGUAAAACAAAUAGUACAAUUAUAAAAGCUAAGACUAUUGCAACAAAUACAAAAUAAAGACAAUAUUUACACAAAAUAUAGUUGUGUAGGAAACUGAGUGCUGUCAAAUGUAAUAAAAUAUGACAAUAGUAUAUACUAUAUUCAAAGUGGAGAGUUGUGCUGAGUUAAAAAGGGGUAGCAUGGAGCAGAAAUGUGCAACAUGCAGGAUUUACUUUAUUAAAAAGAACAAUGUUAAUGUUCCUAAAUGUAUGACUUAGUAUGUAAGUGUUCUUCUUCUGAAACCUGUACCACUGUUUCAAAAAGAGUUUCUAAAAUGUAUUUUAUUAGCUUUAAUAUUUGUGUAAACAGAUAUCUAUGUUGACUGUCUGAACGUGAAACUACUAAACCUAGACAUCUUGAUGACAAACCACCGUCAUGGUUGUAGUAACUCUCAAAGGAGAAAUCAAAGCCUGUAUGUACUAUCUUAACUCAGAAGAAUACAGGUGGUUGGAACAUGUGAAGUGUUGCCGCCAAUGAUCUGAAACACAAACUCCUUUAAACUUUCCGCAACGUCUUCACCAAACAUUUGAAAGCUUUUGCAACUCAUGUUUGUUCCUGCGGUCGUCUUGCUGCAUGUUGUGCACUCAAAAGUUUCUGGUGUUACAUACAUGUCCCAAAAGUUUUUUUUUUUUUUUUACAUGUAUGCCCUUUUAUUCACACCAAUGUUUUAUAUUGUUGUAUAUUUUGGUAUUAAAGUUUGUUUUGUUA